AUGGGAACAGCCCAGUCGAAAUCGCCAGAUACCAAGCCGGGUUGCCAAGACAAAUGCGGGGAUGUAAGCAUUCCAUAUCCAUUUGGCCUCGUUGGAGACGAUCCARCUUGUUACAUGGAUGAAUUUAAGUUGUUCUGCAAUAAAGCUACCAACCCUCCACGACUGACGAUGUAUAAUACUCAUAMUGGUGAUAUGUUGGUUUUGAACAUAUCGCUAGAAGGCCAAUUGACGUUGUACAUGUUCGCUGCUGUAAAUUGUUACACGAAGGAAAAUCAAGGCUCAUCGUCCAUUAAUGUGCAUAUUAUAUUGCCAAAUGCAUACAGGUACUCCAACGGUCGAAACAAAUUCACAGUUUUUGGCUGUAAUACACUUGGCGUCAUGUCUGAUUACUAUUCCCAAAAGUUCCAUUUUGGGUGUCUUUCAUUCUGUCCAAACGACACAGAGGUGACAAAUAUUUCUUGUGAUGGCAUGGGAUGCUGCCAGACGGUGAUACCAAAGGCUCUGGAUUCGUUUAACCUAACACUUGACAGUUACAGCCACGAUAGUAGCAUAGCCUACACCAGGAAUAUCAGCCAAUGCAGUAUUGCAUUUCUGUCCGACCAAGAGUGGUUCGUUUCAAAUGGAUCCAAUCUAUGGAAUUUAAGAAGUGAGGUGGAUUACCUUCUGAAUAUUGGCUUAAGAACUCCAAUAAUACUUGAUUGGGCAAUUCGAAACAUGACCUGCGAGGAAGCGCUAAAAGGAAUCCCCUCUGAUUAUGUGUGCGGGAACAACACCAAUUGCACAAACUCCAUGAAUGGCCCUGGAUAUCUUUGCCAUUGUAAGGAAGGCUUUCGUGGGAAUCCUUAUCUCUCCGAUGGGUGCCAAGGUAUAAGCUUUGCAAUCUUGCUUUUGCUCAUUUGUAUCUCUUGGUUAUACUUCAUCACAAGCAAAAGAAAACUGAUGAGAUUAAGAGAGAAGUUCUUUGAGCAAAAUGGUGGCCUACUUUUGCAACAACAAUUAUCUUCCAAUGGGUGUUCAACGGUCUUGAAGAUCUUUUCAAUAGAAGAGCUAAAAUUGGCAACCAAUAAUUAUAAUGAGGAAUGCAUCAUAGGCCGAGGUGGACAAGGUACAGUAUAUAAGGGCAUUUUACCUGAUCAUCAAUUAAUUGCCAUUAAAAAGUCUAUAAUGAUGGAUGAGAGCCAAAUUGAGCAAUUUAUAAACGAAGUUGUCAUUCUCACUCAAAUUAACCACCGAAAUGUGGUAAAGCUCUUGGGGUGUUGUUUAGAAACUGAAGUACCCUUGUUAGUUUAUGAAUAUGUAUCCAAUGGAAACCUUUUCAAACAUAUUCAUAAAAAUGGUGGCAUCUUGCUUUCAUGGGAAGACCGGUUAAGGAUUGCAACAGAGAUUGCUGGAGCACUUGCCUAUCUACAUUCUGCAAUUUCUAUACCAAUCAUUCAUAGGGAUAUCAAAUCCACAAAUAUAUUAUUAGAUGAAAAUUAUACAGCAAAAAUUUCUGAUUUUGGAGUUUCAAGGUUACUACCCGCAGAUCAAGCUCAAAUAACUACAUUGGUUCAAGGGACAUUAGGGUAUUUGGACCCGGAGUAUUUUCACACAAGUCAAUUAACAGAGAAAAGCGAUGUUUAUAGCUUUGGAGUAGUUCUURUAGAGCUYUUAACAAGUAAGAAACCUCUUUCUUUURAAAGAUCACAAGAGCAAAGAAACUUAGCUAUAUACUUUAUUUCAUUGAUGAAWGAAAAYCGUCAUUUUGAGCUAAUUGAGAAUCGAUUUGUGGAUGAGGAGAAUACUGAAGAACUUGUUGUAGUUGCUGAGCUUGCAAAAAGAUGCCUUAAUGUAAAGGGUGAAGAAAGGCCAACUAUGAAUGAAGUGGCAUUGGAGCUACAGGGAUUGAGAAGAUUAGAAAAGCACCCAUGGGUUGAAMCAACAGAAGAAGAGAGCAUGAAUUUAUUAUAUKAACCCUCAGAGCUCCUACCGCUAAGAAAUAAUGUUGGUGAUACAUCUGAGCAGUCCUCUUUGCAAAAGGAUAUGGUCUGGUCAAUGAGUUUCCCUCGUUGA